CCAAUAACAUCACAUCAACAGUUCAGACACCCUCUCUGAAGAGUAUAAAAGAACACAGCCUGCCCACCUGUCUCCUUCAAACUCUCAUUCUCAUCCAACAGUGCAGAUCAUCUCCAACCCCUCGUCCUGCUCCUGUGACAGAGAGAGAGAGAGACGCCAACAUGAUCCUGCUCCUCCUUCUGUUCACCCUGACCCUGGGUGCUGUGUCUCCUUCAGAUGGACCUGAGGUCCAGCUGCAGCUUGGAAACUGUCCCAUGUUCUGGUUCAGCUUCAACAACCGCUGCUACAAGUACGUGGCCGCACAAAUGACCUGGGCCGAUGCAGAGCUCAAUUGUCUCUCACAGGGAGCCAACCUGGUGUCUAUCCACAGUCUGGAUGAAAAGAAUUACAUCAAAGCCCUGAUCAAGAGCUUUGAUCCUGCUGAAGGAAAAACCUGGAUCGGAUUCAGCGACAACAACAAAGAAGGCAGCUGGAUGUGGUCUGAUGGAUCUGCAGUGGACUUUAACUUUUGGGCUCCAGGACAGCCAGACAACAGUCACAGUUCAGAAAACUGUUGUUAUAACAACUAUGAGACCGUUAAGAAAUGGAAUGAUGGAUAUUGCACUGACCCUCUUCCUUCUGUAUGUGCAUCUCGCAUAAUGUGUCCUCAGUGAUUGUUUAGUCUGAUUUAACCUGGUCACUGAUCACCUGAUGCUUGUUAACGUGAAAUAGUCGACAGCAAUAAAGAUACAAAUGCAAACUUC